AUGGCAAAGCAAAAGGUUACUACGAAGAGCUCCAAGAGGUAUACAUAUUCUUCAUUCAAAGGUCGUAUAGAUGACUUAAGGAUUGAACCAGCCAAGAACUUACAAAAGAGAGUACAUGAUUAUGUGGAAACCUCUCACCUUCUAGCUUCGUUUGAACAUUGGAAGGAGAUUAAUCUGAGUGCAGGCUUUGCCCAUUUUGCUGACAAUGCUGAAGAACUCAUUCAAACAUUACCACAGAUUAUUUAUCAUGAGUCGAAGAUAUUUGAGCUACUCAUUACUAGCAUUGAUAAACAUGAAGAAUUCGCCUUGGAAGCGUUAUUGGAUCUAUUGGCACAAUUUUGUCACGAUUUAGGCCCAGACUUUCUGAAAUUCUAUGAGAGAGCUUUGAAAUCUCUGAUCUGCCUACUGGAAGAUGCUGUGAGGCUUGAAUCAUCCAAGAUUUUUGAAUGGGGGUUCAAUUGCUUAGCCUAUAUGUUCAAAUAUCUAUCAAGAGUUUUGAGCGAUGACCUGAUACCGACUUUCAACUUACUUUUCCCAUUACUCUCGCAUUCUAAGGACUACAUAUCUAGGUUCUCGGCAGAAGCUCUGUCCUUUCUGAUUAGAAAAGCUAAGGCAAAAUCCCUGCGUGAUUUUAUCUCCUUCUCGUUCAAGAAGUUGAGAGAUACCACGGAACCGAGCCUCUACGAUGGUAUCCUAAUUCUAUUCUCAGAGACUUUCAUUUCUACGGAAGACGCGUUGCAUUCCAAGUCCAGAAUGCUGAUAGACGCGCUUUUGGAUGAGGUACUUAAAUCUAAUAGCGAGGAUUUGGGUGUCACAUUGUUUUGUGACGUCUGGAUGAACAUCUCGAGGCAUGCGUCAACGGAAAACCUGUCUCCUCUAUAUGACGCUAUUUAUGAGAGACUGAUCGACGACAUGAGCGCUCAGAACUUGGAUGGCAUUACUAGGAUUACUUCUACGUUAGCAUUUUCUGAAAGUGGUAGAAAAAUCGCAAACUGGUCGAGGAUCGUAACUAUUGCUGAACAGAUACUUUCUCAUGGAGACGAGCGAAACCCAAGUUCGCAGAACUUAGCAUUCCUAAUCGCAGUUUUGUUCCGUAAUUGUGACUUGAGAGCAUUGUCGACGCAUCACAAAGUCUUAUUCGAAUCAUAUUUACAGCAGCACACUGGGAGCUUUAUACCGUUUUUCUUCUCGGUGUUGACCUUGUGUGGUGAAAAGGCUUUAUCAUUCAACGCCAAUCGAUACUUGCAACAAUAUGUCACUGCUAAUGGAAAAGAACCUGAUACAAAGUUGGCCUUGUUCCUUCUGGAGAUGGAGGACAGGCCUCAAAUUGCUGGAAAACUCAAUCUGCGAGUACCAGAUCUUCUUAUGUCCUCACUCGCGUCAAUGUUAGAGAACGAGCCUAAGACUUUUACCGAGGACGUUUUAUUUGACAUUUACAAGAGAGUAGUUAUCUUUACAUCUGUGGACCAUGAUGAUACACAGUGUUCAGAGACUUUCUCCACGCUGGUUAAACGCAUAUUGACUGGCUCGACGGAAUUGACUGAGUUCGUCAAAGACGUUAUAGGUCAUUUACUCCUUGCGAUCAAUGGUGCUCGACUUUCGUCAACCAUCCUCGUGAAAGUCUUACUCGAAAGGCUUGACGAAUUGAAGACAAGUGUUUAUUUUGUUGAAGGGUUCAACAAAUUUCUGGGCAUGUUGGUGAGCUCAGACGAGCUAUGCGAAUUUUUUGAAUCGCACGAAAGCUCUGUGAUAGAUUUAUCAGAUAAUCUCUUACUUCCAGACCGUAAGAUUCGUCGUGAAACUCUUCAGCUGUUAGGUACAAUAAUGAAAAUUCGUGGCGAGGACUUGCCUCAAAUUCUAAAUGAUUGCAAAAAUCUUGAAGACCUCCCUCUGACGCUGCAGAAUGCCAGGGAUAUUACGAAUAGAAUAAGAGGCAUGGGCGUUGAAUUCGCGAAGAUGGAGGCUACAACUCUCGAAAUGAGCUUUUUCAUUAAACACAUGUUCGGGCUGCUGACUGUACGCUUCUCGCCUGUCUGGGAUGGUGUUUAUGAAGUUAUUCCAAGUAUUUUUACUAAAGACCAAGAAAUGGUAUGGAAACUUCUUAUUCACUUUUUAGUCAGUCCUGAAAAAAAUUACGAUUUAGAGUACUAUGGUGUUUCAUCGACCGAUGAGCCAGGCUUUGGCUCCUGGAGCUCUACUAUUCCACGGUUGAAGGACACAUUGGAUGCUUUUUCAACUCAUUGGAAUGAUUACCUCGUUCCCGACAGUUCCAUAAUUGAUAUCAUGAAGAAAAGAAGGGGCGACACAAACAUCUCACCUCAGAUCCGUAGUCAAAUCUUGAAAUUGAUGUUGAUGAUACCUCAGCUUGCAGAACGUCAUUCCCGAGAUAUUGUUCCCUUCAUAUUCAAUGAUGCAGAGUCCGAAGAACUUUUUGGUUCCAGUGAAACUGAACAAACACCAUCAAGUGGAGCCACUUGGACUGAGGCUGAUCGUAACUCUCUUUUGAAAGUUAUCGCAAAAUUUAGGAACAUUAAGGCGAUUUACAAGUCACCAGAAGUUAGAGAUCGUUUGAUGACUUUACUGGGUAGCAGAAAUACUGAUGUGCAGAAAAUCGCCCUAGAAGGCCUCUUGGCAUACCGUGAUCCCGUUAUGAUCAAACACAGAGACAGUUUGAAAAAUUUACUUGAUGACGCUCUAUUCAAAGAUGAGGUUACUCGGCUGUUGACAGGCUCGGAAGUCAUAGAGAAAGCGGAGGAAAUAGAACUCAUGCCUUACGCUCUGAGAAUAUUAUUUGGACGAGCUCAGACUCCAAGUACUAGUGGCAUAAAAAAGGGAAGAAAACACGCUGUUAUUUCGGUUCUUCCGGGUCUCAAAGAAGAAUUCUUGACCGAAUUCUUCAAACUGGGCAGUAGCAAGUUUCAUUAUGAUUAUUUUUUUGAGAAUGGAUACCAGGUAGACCCAUCAGAACUCACUUUGCCUAAUUUAAGACGAAUGAUUGGCUACGUUACAAUUUUGAACCUUUCUUUCGAUGUAUUGGGCUCCAAUUUUUCCCGGGUUAUUUCCACAACACUUCGGCCAUUGUUGUAUACCAUUGCGGUAUCGUACUGCGCUUCUUCGCAAGAUUUCAAAGAGGUUCAUGUUGAAAAAACUGUGAGUAAUCUCCGUCAACAAUCUUUGAAGUCCCUUAACAAUUUAUUUCAAUGUAGUGGAGAUUCUCCAGUGCUUCUCGAAUAUAUGGAAGAGAUACACCAAAUCGCAAUUGAGCCUCGACUGGCAAAGUUUGAGGAAGAAAACCUGCAGCAAGUUUCAUCGCUUAUGAAGAUAAUUGUUUUUUGGUCUACCAAUACAGCGCUUUAUCCGUAUUUGUACUACAACGAUUGCGCUAGCUGCGCUGCUUUGAUGAGAGUUUUGUUAAACGAGAAUGCAAAAGAGCCUGUUCUUGCCACAAUUUUGAAAGCCUCAAACGACAUUGUCAGCUCGCCAGCGGCUAAUGAUGAGUAUGUUGGCCUCGUUACGUUGGUUGCUGCAACAUGUUUACGAGUGUUACCUUCGUUGUAUCAGAAGUUGUCCGAUCCGAAUAACUCAUCCAUUGUGAUCGACUUACUACUUAACUUGGUUCAAGCUGGAUACGUGCAGGAUAACGAGACGAGAGAGCAUCUGGUUGGCUCUCUUGGCUUAGUAAUUAAGGGGAACUUCAAGGGUGUAAGCAAGAAGGAUAUCAUAAAGGUAUUGAGUGUCAUCUCAGUACUAGUUAAAGAAUACCAGUGUGGAUGGUCCGAUAUUGAGGAUCUAUAUGUAGCUGUCUCCGGUCUCUACAAGAGCUUUGCUGAUAGAGAGAUUAGAGAAGCUAUCAGCGAUGUUUUCAUAAGUUUUGGAAAACAAUUUACGAGUAUUGCGAAAGUGGCAGAGUUGCUAUCAGAUCUAAACUCGUACUCGAAAGGACGUGUUCAAGAAUAUGAUUUCUCAAGACGUUUGUCGUCUUUCAAGAUCUUCAAUGAAGAGAACUACAGGAGUUAUACGGAGUUUGAAUGGCUUCCAAUCAUCAACUCAUGUCUUUUCUUUAUCAACGAUAAAGACGAGUUGGCUAUUAGGACCAACGCAUCGCAUACCCUUCGCAGGUUUGUCGACUAUAUCAACGAGAAACCUUCUGUUGAAUCAGCAAAAUCAGCUGUUGAAAUCUUGGAACAAGUGAUACUUCCUAAUAUACGCAUUGGUCUACAGAGGUUUUCAGAAGAGCUGCAAAAGGAAUACAUAUCCGUACUCGCUUAUGUGAUCCAGGAAAGCAAGUUUUACAAAGGACUAGAGGAUAUGAAGCCCCUCCUUUUCGAUGGAGAUGAGGAGGCGAACUUUUUCGCCAACGUGAACCACAUUCAAUUGCAUCGUCGUCUGAGAGCUGUUAGAAGGUUGAGAGAUCAUGUCGUGGGCCUGUCUGACAAUAGCAUUGCACAUUACUUGAUGCCUUUGAUUGAACAGUACGUCUUUUCGCAAGAAGAGAAGUACAGGAACAUCGGAAAUGAAGCGUUGAUCACAAUUGGAAAGCUCUCAAACUAUCUAACUUGGAAUCAAUAUAAGGCACUUUUCAGGCGGUAUAUUUCUCUUCUCAAGUCGAAGCCGGAUCAAAUGAAGGAAACGGUCAAUCUUCUAUGCCAAAUUUCGGUCGCUUUGAGAGAAACGUUACGAAAUGUAAGGGAAAGUACGGGCGAAAUUGCCACGCUGCAGAAGCUUCCCAAGAAUUUGGAUGACGUGGAUAAAUUCAUCAUUGCCGAGGUGUAUCCGAAGCUGUCAAAGACUCUUGAAUUUAGAGAUAGUGAAACUAUUGUUAAUCGGAUGCCAUUGGCCGAAGCUCUGGUCAAUUUGGUUUUAGGCCUAAAACGCGAAGACACUGUUAGUCACUUGCCAGGGAUUCUCACUAGUUUGUGCCAGGUGUUGAGAAGUAAAUCUGAAGAAUUACGUGAUGCCGUCAGAAAAACUCUUGGGAGUAUCUGUCGCAUACUUGGUGCAGAUUAUCUUCCUUUUGUUUUGAAGGAAUUGAUAUCUGCUCUUAAGAGAGGUUCGCACAUUCAUGUUCUCGGGUUUACCGUCCACCAUGUACUUAAAGCCAUGGACGGUCUCAUCAAUCAUUCAGACCUGGAUGCGUCAUCCCAAAUGAUUGUGAGGAUCAUUAUGGAUGACCUAUUUGGAAGCGCAGGUGAGGAGAAAGAUUCCGAAAACUAUCGCACCACUAUGAAAGAAGUCAAGGUGAAUAAAUGCUACGACACAGCUGAGAUGCUAGCAUCGAACAUUUCGCUUCCUACUUUUUCCACACUUUUGCGCCCUAUCGAGAAUUUGUUGACUGAACGUAUCAAUCUAAGAAAUCAGAAUAAGUUGGAGGAGCUUCUGAGAAGAUAUACUUUAGGGUUGAAGCAUAACGCUGAGGUGUCAUCCCCCGAAGUGCUGAAUGUGUGCUUCGAGAUCUUCCACCGGGACCAGAAUGAGGGCAUCAAGAAGCGCUCAAAUCAACCUCUUGUGAUCGAUGAGAAUAAGGAGUUCUUUCUGGUUAAUUUAAACUUUAAAGGUGCGAAAGUCCAAAACGAGAGGACCCUUGUCAACAGCACCUUGCAGAAAUUUGCUCUAGAUUUGUUGCACGCUGUCUUAUUCAAGAGCAGACAGCUACUGGAUCCAAUGUACCUCGAUGGUUUUGUUCCUUUGUUGAAAGAUUCGCUUCUCUCAGAAGAUGAAUCUGUUCUGGUGAGUUCGCUAAGAGUCUUGAUCCUUUUCGUGAAGUUGAAUUUCUCUGAAGAAUCCGCAACUGUCUUCAAAAUCGGGGCCAGAAAGGUCCUUAAUAUUAUAAAGGAUUCUCCUUCUACAUCAUCCGAGCUUUGUCAAGUGGGAAUGAAAUAUUUAUCUUCAUUCAUUCGUCAUAAAGACAUUAAGCUAAAAGAUUCUGCAUUGAGCUACGUUUUGGGAAGAAUUCUUCCCGACCUAAAUGAACCUCAUAAGCAAGGCCUGGCUUUCAACUUCUUGAAAGCCCUUGUGUCUAGGCAUAUUAGGCUACCUGAAAUUUACGAUGUUAUUGAUUCAGUGAGGGAGAUCAUGGUCACAAAUCACACCAAGGAAAUUAGAGAUGUCUCGAGAAGCGUAUACUACCAAUUCUUGAUGGAGUAUGAUCAAAGCAAAGGCCGCCUUGAGAAGCAGUUCAGAUUUAUGGUGGAUAAUCUUCAGUACCCUUCACAAGAUGGUAGACAGUCGGUCAUGGAGCUCAUUAACCUGAUUGUCAACAAGGCCAAUGCAGCUCUACUGUCGAAACUAUCAUCCUCUUUUUUUGUCGCUCUUGCUAACGUAUUGGUGAAUGACGAUAUUUCACGGUGUCGGGAGAUGGCAAGUGUGCUACUCGUAAACCUUCUACAAAAAUUGGAUCCUGAAAGCCUUGAGGUUGUCAACAAAUACAUUAUCGCAUGGUUAAAACAGACUGAAGAUCUUUCUUACUUAAGCCUUGGUUUGAGGGUAUACAAGGUUUAUCUGAGUGCCAUCGGCGCCGGGCGUACUUCCUCUCUGGAUGAGCUUGCGCUCAACCGGGUCAAGUCAUGUAUCGCAGAUUCCAGCUCAUCGGAUGAAACCAAGUGGACAGUGUUGUACACCGCACUAACGGUUUUCGAAUCAUAUGUCCAAACAUCCAAGGAUAUAUACUCAAGCAGCUUCAAAAUAACGUGGACCAAUGUCAUCAGUUGUCUUCUGUAUCCUCAUUUGUGGGUGCGUCAGGUGGCUGCAAGACUGAUUAAUCACUUCAUUGACAAUAUGGACAAGUUUGAAUUACCAUUGACUGAUUCGGAACUUCAGAUUGUGGCAUCACGAGUGCUAAGGCAACUUGGCGCUCCUUCUAUCUCUGAAGAUUUGGCUUCUGUGAGCAUCAAAACUCUUUUGAAAAUUGCCAUUUAUUGGAAGAAGCAUAAUACCAAAUUCAUUCACAAGGAAACUCUAAGUGCAAGCGAAAGUAAGUAUGAUAGCUCCCUGGAAUUCAUGGUAUCGAGGGUGGGCGCAAUAAUAAGAAGUGAGGAAAAUCCAGCAGACUCCUUUAUGUCCAAAAAAUCGUGUAUUCAGCUUCUUGCUUUGUUGAUUCAAGUUUUCGACGAUGAGCUUAAAGCCAGGGCCAAAGAUAUUAUCUUGCCGCUAUUUGUGUACUUGGAAUAUGAUGUGAGCUACACGUUAAAUGACAUGCAAAAGGAACUCAGCGUACUAGCGCAGGAAUGUCUACAGAUUCUGGAAGCUAAGCUAUCUGUGUCCGACUUCACUAAAGCAUAUGCAAGCGUCAAGCGAGAAGUGUUGACUAGAAGACAGGAAAGAAAAGCUAAACGGUCUGUUUUGGCUGUAACUGAACCUGAGAAAGCUGCUCGCCGGAAGCUAAGGAAGCAUGAGAGAUCCAGAGAGAAGAGGAAGCAUGAGAAGGAUGAAUCUGGUUACUACCAAAGAAAAAACAAGAGACCAAGAACCUAA